AUGUUCAGCCUGCUGAUGGGAGAGGACGAAGAGGAGGAAGAGAAGACGGGGAGGGAGGAGAGAAGAAGUGUCGCAUCCACACAGCUGUGGCAGGCGCAACGUUGGGCACGAGGUCUUAUAUGGAAAGAGCUGGUGCCAGCCUCCUCUGUUUCGCAGCGUCCUGAUUUGCAGAUCCGUGGAUCCCAGAGCCACCCAUUGGUCGAACCACGGGAUGUUGUGGAGCCUGCGCCACGUUGUGUGGGGAUCUAUACGGGAUGGAAGACAGCAGAGAUCUGGGCCGGGAUGGCAGUCGAGAACUACAAUCAGACAUUGCUAACAUCUUUUUUUCCAGCCAUGCUGAAUGCUACUCAGAAAACGCUCUUUUAG